AUGCUCUGUCCCUCUGUCUCUCUGUCUCUCUCUCGCUUGAUGCUCUGUCUGUCUGUCUGUCUGUCUGUCUGUCUGUCUGUCUCUCUUUCUCUUUCUCUUUCUCUUUCUCUCUCUCUCUCUCUCUCUCUCUCACUCGCUGUCUCUCUCUACAUUGACGUGCAUGCCGCCGUGCGUGGACUACGUCGCGAUAUCAAGAACAACAAUGUUGAGCGCGUCGAGCUCGUGCUGCGACGCUACCCGCAACUUCGCGAGCAGUGCAUUGAAGGUGUUUGGCCCGGCAUUUUCAAUCACCUCGGUUAUCUGGUGCCCUCGCAUCGCCUGACGCCUCUCCAGUAUGCCGCAUCCCUGGAAGAUCACAGUGAGAUGGUUCGACAACUCCUGCAGCUCCAAUGUAAUGUCAACUUUAAGGGCUGGAUUCAGGCAACGCCCUUGCACCUGGCAGCGCGAUGGUCGCGUGUCGCGACGAUUGACAUGCUGCUCAAGUACGGUGCCAACCCGGCCGAGACGGACAUUCUCGGUCGCACCUGUGACCAGCUCGCGCGUGCCAAUAUCAGCGAAUGGCUGCGGAAGCGCAUCGAACGUCAUCGCCAAGAAACUGAAAACACAGACGAACAUUGGCUCAUGAUUGAGCGAGAGCCACCCACCUCGGGUUCAGACCAUCUGUCAGACAUUAACAACGCCAAUGACGCACCCAUCCCCUCCAAAGACCCGGGUCUGGUGGUGCCUCAUGACCGCAUUCACCACAAGCGCACACAAUCCCAUUUGACUGGUCUACUAACCCAUGAUUCUGCCGAGCCGCUGUCGGAGCGCGACGCGCAGUCCAUGCCAUCGUCUCCAGCCCAUCGCUCUUGGCGCGAGUCAACCAGCGGCAUGCUGAGUGAAGGGCUUCGGCACCUGCUGCGCCGGUCGCCCACAUCCGUUUCCAUGUCCGAUUCCAUGCUGGAGGGCUUGACCACCUUCUCCUUGAUCGAACGGAAUGAAUUGCUUGACCUCCAUCUCAUUGGACGCGGGAGCUUUGGGGCCGUGUAUCGGGCGACGUGGCAGGGCCACGACGUGGCUGUCAAGCAGCUUGUGCGCAGCUCGUUGCAGUGCACCGACGCCGACUCAGCCCCAGAAUUCGACGCCGAGCUCAAGGUUUUGAGCGAGCUGCGACACCCCAACAUUGUCCAGCUCUUUGGCGUGAGCCACACCUAUGACGAGUCGGGCAAGUAUGCCGUGUGGCUAUGCAUGGAAUACGCUACGCAUGGCUCCCUAUACAAUCUUCUCUACACAUCUGAGGACAUCUAUGACUUGCGGAUUGCUCUUCAGUGGGCGCAGGGAAUCGCAGACGGGAUGGAAUACUUGCAUGCCCACGGGCUCAUCCACUACGAUCUGAAAUCCCCCAAUGUCCUGCUGUCUCUCGAGCCCAGCCUGAUGGGCCGGUCCUUGUCAGCGAGCAUGUCCGAGGUGGAACCCGGCGAGCACGAUGACUUCAGCCUCGACGCCUUGGUUCCAAAAAUUUGCGAUUUUGGCAGCGCGCUCCGCCACGAUGCUUGUCAGACGGCACGAGGAUUUGGGACGUUUCUGUGGAUGGCACCGGAAUGUAUGCAAAACAAGGAGCCACCUAGUUUUCCAGCGGAUGUGUACAGCUUUGCCAUGAUUUUGUAUGAGCUUUUUGGUCGCAGGCGACCAUUUGCGGGCAUGGAGUUGCCGGCUGUCAUUGUGACGGUGGCCUUGCGCCACGAGCGCCCUGAGCUUGAUGGUAUCCAUCCGUGGAUUGCUGAAGUGAUUAGUGAAUGCUGGCAGCCACAGGCCUCAGAGCGCUGGACGUUUGGGCGUGUGAGCAAGCAUCUGCGAGCCAUGGCGUUUUCCGAUGAGGACAACGCGUCUUUGUAUCCUCCGUUUAUGGGCAUGGGGGCUGGGGGCCAGGAAAUCCCGACGGUCGAGAGCGCGGCGUCUACUUUGAUCCCCGAGGAAGCCACUGCAUAGUCAGCUCUGAGCCUGCCACAUACUGGGCAGGUUGGCUGCUGUUGGGGAGGAAUGGCGCUGAGCGUCUAUUCAAUGGCCAUAUUUUAUCAACCGCGCUUGUUCACUGGUAGAAGAAGCAGUCCACUUUUAUAGUUUUGUUAUUUGGAUGUAUUUGGUGUCUUUGUAUGUUUAGGUGUGCAUCCCCUUUUUUGGCCCCACCCAUCCUUGUUAGCUUGGGCGGCUGGACCAAAGGCACACGGGCGAAGAAAGAGGUGCGAGCAUGUGGCAUAUGAGAUGAGGUGUUGCUGAGGUCCAGGUGAUAUGAAUCGAAAUUGUGAAAUUGAAAA